AGGUCCUAUACUCUAUCCAAAUUCCAAGGUUCAGUUCCUCUCCUCUCUACCCCCUCCAGUUGCUCAACAGAGUAACACUCUUAAGUCUUAACAAGCUUCACUCUCUCUCACAAGCCACAAAAAAAUGGCAACAACACAAGCAUAGCGGAACAAGACAAAGCUUCAACUGCAACAACAAUGCUGGUCGAAGACCACACCAUCACCAAUGCGUGGCCACCAAUCGGUGCGCCUCUGGACGUCCACAGAGACGAGCAUUGGACCAACUUCGACAGCUCCGUCAACGCCGUCUCCUUCGGUUUCGUCGCCACCGCCGUUCUCAUCUCCAUGUUCCUCGUCAUGGCCAUCUUCGAGCGCUUCCUCCGCCCCACCUCGCAGCCACUCUCCUCCCCCUCCGCCGCCGCCCGCCGCCGCCGCAGCCCCUCCGACGUCGAGGCCCAGAUCGCCUUUUCCGGCAAACUCGCUCACGCUUCCCCAAAAAUGAGUGUAUAUGCCAGUGGUGUUUCAGUACUAAUGCCUGGAGAUGAGAUUCCUACAUUUAUUGCACAUCCUGCUCCAUGUUGCCCAGAACGGAUUUCUUGGCCUUCUCAUCAGCAUAAUAAUAACACAUUACCUUGUUCCUCUUCCAACACCCUCCCUACUACUACUAUCAACCAAGUCUUAGAGAUUUGAAUAUAGACAAAAGUUCUGCAUAUUACAUCAAGGGCUUGAUUCAUUUUCUGUGAAGAGUAGACUGUUUCUUGGGGUUUGCCUUCCAUCCAUUUUUACCUCUGGAGCUCUCUUUACAGUUUAUGACAUGUAAAAUAGGAUUUAGUUUUAGGCAAAACGGGUUUGGCAAUUAGAUAUCCAUUGUCUUUGAAGUAAAUGGUCUGUUUCUGUCCAUAUGUGCCUUCCCAAUUCUUGUCCACAAAUCAUGAAAAGCUUUCAGGGGGUUUUCCUGUGUAAAUCAAUUAUCAAUAGAUUUAAUAUUGUACCCCCAUCAACUGGGUAAA